ACUAUCGCUGGCGCUUGCUGUAAAGUAGGAAGGACUGGCUCUCAGGGGCCAGACUUCUGCCAGAUACACCUAAAGGCCUCUGUAUUCCUCCCUUCUCGGGAUCUUGAUCUUUGCGUAAGGAAAGUUCUUCCUGAGAACACAGAGCCCGCGGGGCUCGGCUUGUCGAGGUCAGGGGCACACACAGCUGUUCCAGGCAUUCCCGGAGCGAGCGAGCUCUGGACACACACCGCGGGCCGCUGCCUUACAUAACCGCGCGGCGUCCCUCCUCCCGCGCCCCUCUCCCCGGGUCCAACCGAAGCACGCAGAACGGAGCCCAGCGAUAAAUCCCAGUGGUUUGCGGGACAGAGUCCCAGGCGGAGCUGGCGGGGCAGAACGAGCCACCGCAUUUCGGGGGCCAAGCUCCAGGAUUUUCCCCGCCACGCGUCCCUCCCCGGCGCUGUCCGCGGAGCCCCUGGCCCCAGCCCUCCGGCACCUCCUCCGGCACCUCCUCCGGGUCGGCUCCCCGCCCCUCAGAAGCGGGACCGCGGCGCCUGGGGCCCGAGAAGGGGCCACCGCGCAGGGACGCGGCACAGCGGGUGCGCCCAGGGGCAUGUCCGCGUGCCUCCACCAGGGCUGCAGCGGUCCGAGAGAGAUGACUGAUAACCCAUGUGCCAGGUAGCAUUAGACACCAGUCUCGAAUGCCCACAAGAAACCACUGGACAGCAAACUCCUCCAAGCUCAUAACUUGGCUGUCGGAGUAACUUGGAAAAGGAGGAGGAAGAAUUGAAACCAUGGCCAAAGUGAACCGAGCUCGGUCUACCUCCCCUCCGGACGGAGGCUGGGGCUGGAUGAUUGUGGCCGGCUGUUUCCUUGUUACCAUCUGCACCCGGGCAGUCACCAGAUGUAUCUCGAUUUUUUUCGUGGAGUUCCAGACAUACUUUGCUCAGGAUUAUGCACAAACAGCCUGGAUCCAUUCCAUUAUAGACUGUGUCACUAUGCUCUGUGCUCCACUUGGGAGUAUCAUCAGCAAUCAUCUCUCCUGUCAAGUGGGAAUCAUGCUGGGUGGCUUGCUUGCAUCCACUGGUCUCAUCCUGGGCUCAUUCGCCACCAGUCUGAAGCAUCUCUACCUCACUCUGGGAGUUCUCACAGGCCUUGGCUUUGCACUUUGCUACUCUCCAGCGAUCGCCAUGGUUGGCAAGUAUUUCAGCAGACGGAAAGCCCUCGCUUAUGGGAUCGCCAUGUCGGGAAGUGGCAUUGGCACCUUCAUCCUGGCACCCGUGGUUCAGCUCCUCAUAGAGCAGUUUUCCUGGAGGGGAGCCCUGCUCAUUCUCGGAGGCUUCGUCUUGAAUCUCUGUGUUUGUGGUGCCUUGAUGCGGCCAAUCACGCUCAAAGAGGAUCAUCCAGCCGCAGAGCAGAACCACGCCUGCAGGACUCAGAAAGAUGACUUGCCGCGGGAGUCUCCCUAUUCACCUUUGACCAAAGAAUGUGGGUGGCCUCGCCUCUGCUGCUCCCUGCAGCAGGAGUACAGCUUCUUACUGAAGUCAGACUUCGUCGUGUUGGCCGUGUCCGUCCUGUUCAUGGCCUACGGCUGCAGCCCUCUCUUCGUGUACUUGGUGCCUUACGCCCUGAGUGUUGGAGUGAGCCACCAGCAAGCUGCUUUCCUCAUGUCCAUACUCGGGGUGGUCGACAUCAUUGGCAAUGUCACAUUCGGAUGGCUAACUGACAGAAGGUGUCUGAAGAACUACCAGUAUGUUUGCUACCUCUUUGCCGUGGGACUAGACGGGCUCUGCUAUCUCUGCCUCCCAAUGCUUCAAAGUCUUCCCCUCCUUGUGCCUUUCUCUUGUACUUUUGGCUACUUUGAUGGUGCCUACGUGACCUUGAUCCCGGUAGUGACUGCGGAAAUUGUGGGCACCACUUCUCUGUCAUCAGCGCUCGGCGUGGUGUACUUCCUUCAUGCAGUGCCAUACCUGGUGAGCCCACCCAUUGCUGGGUGGCUGGUGGACACGACCAGCAGUUACACAUUCCUUCUCUGUGGAUUUUCAAUGAUAUUCAGUUCUGUGUUGCUUGGCUUCACUAGACUUGUAAAGAGGAUGAAGAAAACCCAGCUGCAGUUCCUUGCCAAAGAAUCUGAUCCCAAGCUACAGCUGUGGACCAAUGGAUCAGUGGCUUAUUCUGUAGCGAGAGAAUUAGAUCAGAAAGCAGGGGAAACCCUGGCUCCAGCAAGGCCUGCUUACAGCCCCACAUGACGCAUGGUCCCGAGCCUGGGAAUCUUCAGCACUGGGAGAGAGGUGGGGCUGCCAGGGUGUUCACGGCCCUGAAACAUUUUAUUUUAGCAGAAUUAUUGCCUUCUAAGGAAAUUAUUAUAUUGUUAAUCUAUUUAUAAGGGGAAAUAGCAAAUAAUAAAGAAAGCUGGAAUGGCCCAAAGUUUCCUCAUUGAGGAUUUGGACUCACGAUUAAAAUCCUAUCUUUUGGGCAAUGAGCAUGGCUCCAUAGGGAAUGCAGGGACACAACUGGUAGUAUCUGUGAUGAGGGGUCAUUUCAAGGCAGAGGACACCAGGCAGCGGUCUCUGUCCCUCCAUUCUUUCCAUCUCAGUUGUAUGCUCAAGGACACAUCGACAUGUAGGUUUGCCUUCCUCAUCUGUUUGGAGGAGGAGUCAGCUUGGUUGUGGUCCUGGAGCUUGAAGACACCAGACCUUUCUCAUGAUGAAAUUUCUCACUAGGGCUUUAAAUAAAGUUUUUAAAGAAUAAUUGGGAUUGUCCAAAAAGUGAUGAUCAGGAUAGAAAAAGUCCAUCUCUUUCCUUCCUCUUGGUCUCUCAGCCAAUCUUUGACUCUGCUAAUGGGUAGAUAGUACUUUCAGAAUCCAGAGAGUCAUGGAACACCAUGGUUGGACUAGAUCUCAAAAGCUGGGCAGAUCCUCCAUUUGAAAUUGUCCACCAGAGACUGAAAGCUCUUUUCCUAAGGCUGUGUCCCAGGGGCUCACCUCUGUCACUAUUGCAUGUCACAUUCUAAAUUUAUUCAAACACACCAAGCUGCAAGAGCGAGUUCUCUUGUCUUACCUAAAAUGUUAACACCACCAAGACUUUCCCCCCUUUUUUCAUCAGAAAAAAAGUGGCACUUAUUUAAGCUGCAGACACAUUCUUUUUAGGAACAGAAAAGUGGUGGCAAUCUGUCAAAUGAGCAAAGUUGAAUUCUUGAAUCAGCAGAUCUCUAGUGAGUUUCCUUUGCAGAUCAGAAACUUAGGUUCAUCCUUGCCCAACACAGGACAUGGGGGUGGGGGCGGUGGUAUUGCCCUGGAGAUGUUCUACAGGUAAGCACUCUUUCACUCUAUGUCAAUUCUUGUUCCAAUGUCCAUUGCUCUUCAUUUCCUUAUUGGCUAGUACUGGGUUGUUGGAAAAGCCAUGAUGCGGUUUUGCAUAGAAAAACAUAGACAAUACGUUAUGACUUUUUCCAGCAACCCAAGAAUUAGCAACUGAACUAAUUGGAUUAGAAUAGUUUGUUCAUUCCUACACAUCCCACUUUUUAUGGUUUGGGAUCAUUUCUGAGUCUUUAGAUUGCAAAGUAAAGGCGUGCAGAGGGAAUAGCAGGGCAAGAUCCCCAGCUUGUCUCCAAGGAUUUUAAACGCACAGACCUAUAAUCCUGUAUUCCAGAUUAUGUCAUUCCUCUCAAUAGGGACAUUUAUUUAAGAGUUUAAAAUCCAGGGGCUGGUCCUGCAGUGAUCAAGCCUGUCAUAGGAACUUGGGUCCCACGUGGCCAACCUCCAUUCAAAUCCCAGCCCUGGUGGCUUGAAAAACACUUCAGAUGUAUGUACGUGUGAGCCUAAAGAACUAAUGAGAUGAAGAAAUGGAGGAAGGAUUGUGGUGUUGAUUAUGCCCCAUUGGGGACCGCUUUCCCUCUUUUCCUCUCUCUCAUGAGUGUAUAUGGCCUAUGACAAUAAAUAAAUAAAUAGAUAAAUAAAUAAAUAACAGGAUUUUAAGUUCUAAGUCUCACAAGUGCCUUGCCAGGGGUCCUGGGAGAAAACAGCAAUGAGAAGGUCCUGGGUGGACAGGGCGAACCCAGUGGGAGUCUGUCUAUAACUGGAUUAUUUCAUUAAAUCCUGUUUAAUAUAUUGCUUUCAGAAUGAAAUACUGACUUAAUCUGUUGGGUGAAAAAUGGUAAUAUUUCAUAAUUGCUUUCCACAGAGACAUCUGAAUGUUAUCUGUUAUCUCUACUAAGUUUGAGGAUUUAGUUUUGAGCUCACUCACUCUGUCAUUGGCAAUUUUAAAAAAUUGGAAAAUAUCCAUAAAAAAUCAGAGUUGAAUGACGUUGGAUCUGUUUGAAAUAGCACUUUACCAUAAAUGUCAUUUCUUAAAUUUUCAAGUCUAAGGUUUUUUAAAAAUAUAAAUACCUAUAUUUUCUCUUGUACUUUUUUUCAUAAUGAUGAUCAAAGUAAAAUUUUGUUUAUGUGAUUCUAUAAUAUGACUCCAGUAUUUAUGAAAAAUGAGCAUAGGGAUCAGAGCUUUUGCAGAUUUGUGUAAUAACAUUGGAUGAUUUGACUUGAUACAUGGAUACAUUUGUAUUUUACUUUGCCUUGUGGGGCAGCAUUUCUGGUAAACCAGUAAGAAAAAUGUAGAUCUUAGAGUCUACCAUUUUGCCAACAAACUUUACUGUUAAGGUGCCACGUGCCUAUACUUUGUAUUUCAGUAUGGAGGAAUUCAUGGGAAUGAUGUAUUUUGUAGAAUCAAGAAUAAUAUUGCAAUGGGAUGAUUUUACACCUUAAAAUAUUUGUUUAUACCACUGCAAAUUCUGCUUUGGAACUGACUGAAAAGAAAAGCAGAAGAAAUUAUCUUUUAUAAAAACAUUGUAACAUUGGGCCCUUUCUUUGGGUUGUAAUUUCACUGAUACUCAUGCUAAUAUUGUCUUAUUUCAAAAGGAAAAUAAAAUGAAUUUAUAGUCA